AUGGCAGCAGCAAUAGAAAAACUCCUCGUCGAAGAGCUAUCCAUCAGCGAUGCGGCUUCACCAGCGGUCUCUUUUGAGCCUUUUGAGCUACCAUCCUCAAACCAACGAGUGCUGGGACCUCCCCAUCCAGCAAACACGGUGAUUCCACUCGCACUCCAACUGACGCAAGACAACACCGCCUCCAGCCUGAGUGACAUAGUAGAGAUGAUCAAGAGAGUCCAGCAAGGACAUGGCACGUUUACCAAAAAACUUGCCCUGCAUGGCACCUUACUCUUCCGCGGACUUCCCAUCCACAACGCAGAAGAUUUCAGCAAAUUCGCUCACGCAUUCGGCUACAAGCCCCACGAGAUCAUCGGAAUAGUCGUUAAUAGACCUUUACUCGCACCGAACAUCGCACCAGCCAACGAGUCCCCCAAAGAAGUCCUCAUCUACAACCACAACGAGUCCCCCCAAGUACCACACGCCCCCGAAUACAUAUUCUUCUAUUGCCAUCGCGCCCCGAACAAAGGUGGUCAAUCGCCCAUGUCAUCAUCGCUGGAGCUCUUCAAUCGCGCGCAGCGCGAAAUCCCGGAGUUUAUCGCCGAACUAGCCGAGAAGGGUAUUUUGAGCCGAGUGACGUACAAGAACGAGCCACAAUAUGAGGGUGGUUCCACACUUCUUCAAGCAUUUGGUAAAGAUGUUGUCGAAGGCGAUGAUGAAGAGACCAGAAGACGGAAGAUUGAGGCUCAGAUUGCGCGGUAUGGACGGGGGAAGCAUACGACGUGGGAGUGGAUGAAUGAUGGACUGAUUCUGACGCAUCGACUGCCUUGCAUCAGAACUCAGCCUGGAACAAAUCUACCGGCUCUUUUUACUGGGUUGGCAGCGUAUUGGAAGAGGUCGCAGGUUGAUCUUGCGGCUCGCAAGAAUGUUACUCAGCAACUUUUUGGUGAUGGUUCUGUUAUCCCGGAGAAGUAUUUGGCGCACCUUGUGAAGAUUACUGAUGAAGUGAGGGUCUUGCAUCAAUGGCACGAAGGUGAUGUGCUUGUUUAUGAUAAUAUUAUUGCGCAGCAUGGACGAGAGCCCUGGGAAGGUGAGCAGGCUGAUCGAGUGGUUCUGGCAAGCUUGUUCGAUGGCCCAAGUGUGCCAGGAGCUUUUGGGUAUGGAGACUGGGCCCAGUUAGUUCAAGCUUUAGAUUUAUGCAAUGCCUAA